AUGCGGCUCCAGGCGGCGCUUUUCAUCGCCGCGUGCUUGUCGCCCGCGGCGGCCAUUUAUCACGAUGAGGUCAAUCACAUUGACUUCCACCAUGCCCUCCUUGGCGCCCCCUCCCCCGAUUCGACCUUCUUCCUGAAGCCUUCCUCCUCCUCGAACGCAUCCCUCCUCUACACGAUCUCCGAGAAGUCAAUUAUCGGCGCUGUGAACCCUCGCGAUGGCUCGUUGAUCUGGCGCCAGGAUAUCUCGCGCCCUGGAUCUUCCACCAGCGGGGCAGGAAUCCUGCGAGGUCUCGAUGGCAACAACGCUGUUGUGGGUGCGACAGGUGGCUCCAUCUCAUCAUGGAGCGCCCAGGACGGAAAAUUGAUUUGGGAGAAUCACUUUGCCGAUGGUGAGGUGGUAGAUAUCGAGCUGUUGGGACUGGAAGAUGCCAGUACUACGCCUGCCUCGAGAGAUACCAUCGCACUUACAUCUGGUGAGGGCGUUGGAGUUGUGAGGCGAUUGGAUGGUGAUUCUGGAAAAGUUAAAUGGGAGUACAAGGAUAACAGUGGUGAUAUUGCAUUCCAGGUGUCCUCUUCGCCCACGGAGGUCUUCUACAUCUCGCUCCAGUCUGCGAUGUUGAAGGGCUACAGACUCAAGGUCACCUCACUGGAUCCAAUUACGGGUCGCCAGAGCCGUCAUGUGGUCUUGAAUUCCGAGAACGAUAUCACAUCCCACGAGUCCAUCAUCUUUGUCGGCGCUAAUACCGCGUCACCCUUGAUCGUCUGGGCUGACAAGUCGCUCAAGUCCCUGAAGGUCAACGUUAUCGGCACCAAGCAGAUCAACACCAUCGCCAUCGACAACACCUCUGGCCAGGAAGUCCAACAAAUCACAGUCCAUGCCCCCCACAAGCUCAACUCGCUCGCACAUUUCCUGAUUCACUACAAGACUGAGACUGGAGCUUGGGCAGAGGUCUUCCAUGUGGAUCUCAAAUCCUCCGUGGUCACUAAGGCCUACCAGUUGCCCUACUUGCAAGGUCAGUCUGUCGUGGCGGCCAACAACAUUGACGCCAAUGUGUACUUCACUCGGGUGACGGACUCGGAAGCCAUUGUCGUCUCCUCGGCAUCCCAUGGAAUUCUGGGCCGCUGGAACGCGGACGUGUCCUCCACCGAUCGUGCAAUCCAUGCAGUAGCAGAUGUUGUAACCAAGGGCAAGUCUGUCGCUGUCCGGUCCGCUAUUCUCCGUGAGUCCGGCGACUGGUCAUUGAUCCGUAAUGGCCAGACUGAGUGGACCCGUCCCGAGGCUCUGAUCUAUACCGUGGCUGCUGCUUGGGUGGAAGAGGAGGACCAAGAGGACUUGGUGCAUGAAUUGGAGGUUGAGGGCCACGAGAGCUUGAUUGGUGCUUACAUUCAUCGUGUGAAGCGCCACCUCCGGGAUCUCCAGCACCUGCCCGACUGGCUCAAGGAGCUGCCCAAGCGCAUCGUCACCAGCAUUCUGACUGACGAAGUCUCCAACCUCGAUAGUUUCGGCGUUGCCAAGUCAAUCAUUGUGGCCACCGAGAAAGGACGCGUCUAUGCCCUGGAUACUGGUCGCCAGGGAACUAUCAAGUGGAGCACCCAGGCCGAGACGACUUCGAACUGGGACAUCAAGGCUAUCUUGACUACCCCUGGAUCCGCGGAAAUCUCGAUCGGCGAUGGCAGCUCGGUACGUGUCAACAGCUCCACGGGAGAGAUUAUCUCACGCUCUGCACCCACCAAUGUCAAGCUCCAGUCGAUUGCCACCUUUGAGCAACAAGUAGGCUCGUCGGUGGUUAGAAUUGGCUCCCUGGGCAUUCAAGAGGAUGGCUCUCCUGUCGCUCCGUUCGACGAUAUCAGUGGCUUCCUGGUCACCACCAGCAACGAUGGUCGUGUUCUGGGAUGGGCUGAGAAGGACAAUAAGUCUCCUGUGUGGGAGUUUGUCCCCCCUGCAGGCCAAAAGGUCAUCAAGGCUGUGGGUCGCCCUUCGCAUGACCCCGUUGCCUCGAUCGGAAAGGUGCUCGGCGAUCGCUCCGUUCUGUACAAGUAUUUGAACCCCAACUUGGUGCUAGUGACUGCCGUGAACGAGCAGGAUCACACUGCUGGCUUCUAUCUGCUCGACGGCGUUUCCGGCAAGGUCUUGUACUCUGUUAGCCGAGCCGGCGUUGACCCAACCCAGCCCAUUGCGUCCGCUAUCUCCGAGAACUGGUUUGCCUACUCGUUCUUCGGCGAUGCCGUCGGCGAGUCCUCCGCCAAGGGCUACCAGCUCGUAGUCUCCGAGCUCUACGAAUCUCCCAUUGUGAAUGACCGUGGCCCCUUGGACUCGGCCGGAAACUACUCCAGUCUUCACAGCGUCCAUGGCGACAGCCUUCCGCUUCCACACGUUGUCUCCCAGUCCUUUGUUAUUGCCGAGCCCAUCUCCCAUAUGGCUGUCACUCAGACUCGCCAAGGCAUCACUACCCGCCAGCUUCUCUGUGUUCUCCCGUCCUCGAAUGCCAUUGUUGGUAUUCCCCGCCCUGUUUUGGACCCUCGCCGCCCCGUCGAUCGGGAUCCUACCUCCGCCGAAGCGGAAGAGGGCUUGUUCCGCUAUGCCCCAUUCCUGGAUUUCGACGGCAAGUGGUACCUCACCCACUCCCGCGAUGUCGCCGGCAUCAAGACUGUCCUGUCUCGCCCGACUCUACUCGAGAGCACCAGCCUUAUCUUUGCCUUUGGAGGCGAUAUCUAUGGCACCCGCGCCACGCCUAGUCAGGCCUUUGAUAUUCUUGGCAAGAGCUUCUCCAAGUUGCAGCUUGUUCUGACCGUGGUGGCUUUGGCGGCUGGUGUCACUUUCUUGGCCCCGAUGGCUCGGAAAAAGCAGGUCAACAUGUUGUGGAAAGCUACUUAG